AUGAUUUCUCCUUUAAAGCAACCACUCAUAGUUUCAAGUUAUGGUACAACUUCUGCAAAAGUUACUGAUUUUCCUGACAUACCGCUAAACCAUUUGAAAUUGAUUAGUUUGAGAUCCAUCAUCGCAAGGAGGUUUCAACCUGAUUUCUUAGUUGAUGUCAUUGGAGGAGUAACUGAGAUCAUUCAGACCCAAAUGAACGCCGAGAACAACAAAUACAAAGUUAUCUUUUCUAUCACGGAUAUGAGUAAGUCUUUGGUUCAAUGUACUAUUUGGGGUGAGCUUGCAUCACAACUCUACAAUUACUACAACACUAACAAGGAUGUUGAUAAUGUUAUUGUACUAUUGCAAAAUGCAAGAAUCAAGAGAGCUCAAGACAUUGAUAAGUUUUUAUGGAAAGCUGGAAUUCUAAGCCUUGCAGAAAUCAACAAUCUUCAGAAUAUAAGUGAGACAACUUGUGUAAUUGUUGACGUGUUGGAAAAUUUUGAGGUUGGUCAAUCUGGGUGGUAUUAUGAUGGUUGUGGUGAGUCUACAAGAAGUGUUGCACUUAAAGAUGGAAAGUUGAAGUGUUUUGCGAAUCAUGGCACUGAUGAACCCGUGCCAAGGUGUCUUUUUGAACUGGAUGAUUAUUAG